GAGCUUUAGUCAUGAAGGCCUUCAACCAAGCAUUCAAUCAGCCUGGCGGCGCCUUCCGCGUACUCCUUGUCACCUUCGCGAUCGUCCAUUUCGUCCGAAUAUUUCUCAUUCCCACCGUCGCGUGGAUAUUAGGCAGCGAGGAAUUCGCAGACACUGAGCGCGUAGUCCGUAUCAUUGGGUUUCGGCCGUCAGGUCCGUGUUCCCUCCCGCGGCCGGUCAGCAACUGCACGGUGAACGAGCGCAUUCACAUCGUGCUGGUGAGCGCGCAAUGGGACCGCGAGCCGUUCACGCGGGACGAGACGGAGGUGAUCGUGAAGUCGAUUCUGAUGUCGACGCAGUGCCGGCUGUUCUUCCACUUUAUGGUGUCGGGCGAGGCGGAGGAGUGGGGCAUCUCCGACAUGAUGGAGCAGCUGGGCGCCGUGCCCUUCGACGCCGUGGGGCCUGUCUCGCCCAACCUCGUGCGCCACGACAUCGACGCGCUCGUCGACCAGAUCAGCUAUGAUCCCGACCACGACGACAAGGUGGCGGACGACCCUCCCGUGGGCUACACCAUCCACCCCAUCCCCGUCUGCUGGGUUCGCCAUAAGGCGGAGCUGCUGGGCAUCAACAUCACGCACCACUCGGGCGAGGCGGGGUUCGCCAAGCUCUUCCUGCCAGAGAUCCUGUGGAACGUGCGGCGCGCCAUGUACCUGGACGUGGACAUGGUGGCGGCGGAGGACGUGGGCGCGCUGUGGGGGUACUUCCGCGAGAUGGACGCGGACCCCGACCUGCUACUCUUCAUGGGCGACAACCACCCCACCGCCUACGGGCCCAGGUCGCGCUACCCCUUCUGCAGCUGCCAGCUCAUCAUGGACCUCGACCGCCUCAGGCGCCAGAACCUCACCCGGCUGGUGAUGGAGGCGUUUGGCGAGCAGAAGGCGAUGGAGGUGUGGGGGUUCCGGCCGGGCGACCAGUGGGUGUUCACGAUGAUGUGCAUGAACAACCCCGACAAGUGCCGCACGCUGCCCAAGAUCUGGAACGUCUCCGGCUGCUCCAAGCCGCGCUUCCUCGGCCUCAACGCGCGCGACAAGGACCAGAACGGGACGUGCUGGCGCAUGGCGCACUUCAACUGCAUCGGCGUGCGCGACAACCGGUACUACGCGCUGGCCAACACGGACUGGGAGGACAUGCGCCAGGUCGUGCAGGAAACCACGUGGGCCGCCCUCAGUAGAUCGCCACAGAAGAGAGCUGUGCAAUGACAGGAGUCGUUGCUCACUCGAGGACUUGCCAUCUCUGGACGGUUCUCUGGCACAUAUGUGAUACUGUAUGAUGCUCCUUGUAUGUAUGUGGGCUCUCUUGUCUAGCCCCCUUAUGCUCAUGUCAUUCCAUUGGGCCUAUUUUGUAUAAGUAAAUGAUUUUUGCUCCA